UUUGAUCCAUUAACAAUUGAAAGCAAAAAAGCAGCAACUGUGGUGUUAAUGCUUAAUUCUCCAGAAGAAGAAAUUUUAGCCAAAGCAUGUGAAGCCAUUUAUAGAUUUGCUUUAAAAGGUGAGGAAAAUAAAGCAACCCUCCUUGAACUGGGAGCUGUGGAACCAUUAACUAAGCUGCUCACCCAUGAAGACAAAAUUGUAAAAAGAAAUGCUACUAUGAUAUUUGGAAUCCUGUCUUCUAAUAGUGAUGUUAAAAAGCUGUUAAGAGAGUUAGAUGUCAUGAAUUCUGUCAUUGCUCUGCUCGCUCCAGAAGAAGAAGUAGUUAUCCAUGAGUUUGCUAGUCUUUGCCUAGCAAACAUGUCUGCGGAGUACACCAGCAAAGUGCAAAUAUUUGAACAUGGUGGAUUAGAGCCUCUCGUCAGACUGCUGAGCAGCCCAGACCCUGAUGUGAAGAAGAAUUCUAUUGAGUGCAUUUACAACUUGGUCCAGAUGAAGAGUGCUGAAAACAGAAAACUUUUUCACGAACAAGAAGUUGAAAAGUGCCUUGUAGCCCUUCUAGGUUCUGAAAACGAUGGAACGAAAAUUGCUGCUUCGCAAGCUAUUUCGGCCAUGUGUGAGAAUUCAGGCAGCAAAGAAUUUUUCAAUCAUCAGGGGAUUCCACAGUUAAUUCAGUUGCUAAAAAGUGACAAUGAAGAGGUAAGGGAAGCUGCCACCCUGGCCCUGGCCAAUCUGACCACCUGCAAUCCUGUGAAUGCCAAUGCUGCUGCCGAGGCUGAUGGCAUUGAUCCAUUGAUAAACAUCCUGUCCAGUAAACGAGAUGGAGCCAUUGCCAGCGCUGCCACGGUAUUAACAAACAUGGCGAUGCAGGAGGCACUGCGUGUAAACAUUCAGAAUCAUGACAUCAUGCGCGCCCUCAUCAACCCACUGCGUUCUGCCAACACUGUGGUGCAGAGCAAAGCUGCCCUCACCAUCGCUGCAACCGCGUGUGAUGUUGAGGCCAGGACAGAGUUAAGAAAUGCAGGUGGAUUGGAGCCCCUCGUGGAGCUUCUGCGCUCAAAGAAUGAUGAAGUCAGAAGGCACGCCAGCUGGGCUGUAAUGGUCUGUGCCAGUGAUGAGCUGAUGGCCACUGAAUUAUGCAGCUUUGGGGCUUUAGAUAUCCUUGAAGAAGUUAAUCUAUCAGUAAGUCGAAAAAAUAAAUUCAGUGAAGCAGCUUAUAACAAAUUGCUCAAUAACCACCUGCCUCUGAAAUACAGCCAGACUGGCCAUUUGUCAUCAAGUAACAUAAUUAGUGAUGGAUUCUAUGAUUACGGUCGGAUAAAUCCUGGCGCCAAACUUUUGCCUUUGAAGGAUCUCUGCUUACAAGAACCAAGUGGUCUACGUGCUGUAAUCUUAGUUAACAGUAAAUCUUCGGAUGUUUCUCCACCUCCAUCUACGGAAGAUAAAUCCUCAGACAUUGGUUAUGGACGAACUGUUUCUUCUUCAUCUUCUUUAAGAAGAGCAAGUAAAGAAAAGGCCAGAAAAAGUAGUUAUCAUUUUAGUGCUGGAUUUGGAUCUCCCACAGAAGAGAAAUCAGAACCUAGUUCUGGACGAAAUACUGCUCUUAGCAGGAGUGCCACUAAAGAAAAGGGAUUAAGGAAAGUCAGAGGAAAAAAAGAAGAGGAAAAAGUGAAGGAGGAGGAAGAUGUUACCACAGUAGCAAAAGGCAUUGGAGAAGGAAGCCCUGAUAAAGAAUGGUUCCCUCCCUCUGAUCCUGACUUCUCUGUUUAUGUGUAUGAAGUGACCAGAUCAGUACUUCCCAUAACCAAUAUAAAGGAACAGAUUGAAGCUCUCGCAGAGUAUGUGGCAGAAAAAAUGGGAGGUAAAAUUCCAAAAGAGAAACUACAGGAUUUCAGCUGGGAACUUCAUAUAAGUGAACUCAAAUUUCAACUUAAAUCCAAUGUUGUACCAAUUGGACAGAUCAAAAAAGGAAUCUUCUACCAUCGAGCCUUGCUUUUCAAGGCUCUGGCUGAUAAAAUUGGCAUUGGCUGCUCUCUGGUUCGAGGGGAGUAUGGCAGAGCUUGGAAUGAAGUCAAGCUGAUGAAUGAAUCUCAAAAGGGAGUGACUGGGGUUCUCCCCCCUCCUGAAGUAUACAUCGUUGACCUCAUGUUCCAACCAGGUAGACUGAUCAAGAUAAGAAGUAGAGAAGCAGAUCUUUACCGAUUUCUCUAAACUAUCAAAUGAACACAAAAGAAGUUCAAACAAGAAAUUUAUUCUAUACCUUUUCAAUGAAGGUCACCCAUUAAUUUUUUCUUUAAAUAAAAGUAUUAGAAAUGUUUUCUCUAUGUCAAAAUGAGGACACUUGGGUUGACUUGGUUGUGCUUCUCACAUCAGUCUUUCGGCAAAAGUUUGGUCUGAUUAGAUCAUAUUAUGUGAUAAGAUGGGGGGAUUGUAAAGGUGGCACUAAAUCUUCUAUUUUUAGAUUUGGACCUCUGGUGUAAUUCGAUUUAACAAGUGUAAUUUAGCUUGGAGCUUUUUGAAAGCUUUCUUUGUCCCCUUUCUGCCAAAAUUUAAUGACUCUGUUUACUGAGCAUACCAUUUUUGAUGUUUCUAUUUUCUUUGGCCUUGCAUGCCUGGUCCAUGACUUAGGAGGGGUUUUUGUAUCUGUAUCCUGACUUCAACUUAAAUUUAUAUAACAUAUGCAAAGGUUGUGAUAACCAGUUUAAACUGCACCUUCCCCCACUCCAAUGACAAAGGUGAACACAAUAGAAGAUUCCACUACAGGCUGAAGCAAUUUACAUCCUGAUUAGGGGCAGUAGUCUUCAGCAGACUCUGCCCAGCUGACGCUCCUCUUUAAUAAAUCUUCCUUCUGCAUUUCUACCUGGCUUGUGAAUUCUUUCACAACCCGUGAGCGAGCAAGCGAGGAGCCACAACAUUAUGUUGAUUUUUCCUCAUGAAAAGCUUAUUAUUGUCAAAAUUAAUCCACCCCACUGUUUACUAAGGAGCCUCUCUGCCCUUUGGGAAUCUUGUGUAAAACCACCUAGCUGGUGUUUCCAGAUAAUUCCAUGACCUUAUGAUUGUCAUUCUUCAUGGCCAGAAUACUUCAGGAAAAACAUGGUUAAAGAAAUUCAAUGGUUUUUAAUGUCUUCAGUCACCUUUUCUCAAUUAUCAGUAGUUUGAAUAUUUAUAGAUCUAUUUUAGUAUUACAGAUUCCAAAAAAUACUUGUUCACAUUUUAAAAAACUUAUUAAGAACACUGUUUUACUUCACUGAACUAUAAAUAUUUCUAAAAACUAUUUCUAUAAACUGUAUUUGUCCUGUCUAUAUUGACUUGGAAAUAUACCUUCAGUUAAAAACAAUUGUUUUGCAUUUACACAUUUUAA